AUGCCGUUGGGUGAUGGGCUGCCUGCGUAUGCAUACAUUCAAAGAGCACGUAUACAUGCUCUGAUCCUGUUAGGGGGGCUUAUUUUGCCGGACACCACAGGGUGCAAGGUCCCCUUUAUGUGGUUAAAUGCCUUAGACGAUCCGGAAGAUGUGGCUAAUAUCAGUUGGGACUGUAUCCUCCAUGAGUACUGCAUUGAUUCGACUGCAUCCUACUUGCGCGAUACUUAUUUGGUGUGCUGGUCAUUUGUCGAGGCACACGAGGCUGGACGCGUUUCCCGACAAUUUAACCGCUACCAGCGUAUUCCUCAGUACUGUGAUAGGAUGCUACAUAGCUCCGGCCAUUUGAGUAAAAGUCAUCGCCGUGGGAGGAAGGGCGCUGAUUGGGCUAAGGUACAUAAGUUCUUCAUUGAUGAAUGGGACUUGCGCCACGACAGGUUCCAAGCAACUUUUGACCACGCAACGGCGACAAUGGAUGGUCGCAUUAAUCCGGGCUAUAUGGCGUGGUACAAUAGGAUCACCGUGUCGUACCUAGUUCAACCUGGGACACAGUCAACUGAAGGGAUGAACGAGGCAGCCUCUUCUAAUUUAUUGGCGGUUGAGACCCUUCAGGGGAUAUGGCAUUUGACCUCUGAGCAUGACACAGACCCUCGGUUACGGCAGAUUCGAGAAAUGGCUGCUUCGGCACUUCGUGCGAUGAACCAUGCUGAUGCGAUGGAGUAUCCAUCUUCUCAACGGCAAAAUGUGGUCGUGCCGCCACGCCCACCAACUUCUCUUCGUCAUGGACUGCCGGGUGUCCGGACGGGUGGGCACGGGAUUACACGACAGCAUAGGUUGGCCACCCCCCACCUAAGUCCACCAUCGUAGCACAGUGACCAACAUUCUUUUGUAAUCCUAUUCAGCAUUCGAACCGCACCACUGUUGACAUCAUAUAGUGCUCGACGUCUUCUGGCAAAUUUACGUUCCUGAGAACUGACCCCCAACUUCCAUAUAAUGGCCUUCACAUUGGGGCCCUUGUGCUUCUUCAACACAUUUGCCCUCACAUGAAGCAAACAAAAUUUGUGGUGUAUCUGCGGGGCCCUAGUCAUGAUUUCAGACUCCAUUGCAUUCAAGAGUCCUUUAUGCCUA